AUGGACAUAGCUGCUGCAAGAUGUCAAUUGUCCAGAAUUCGAAUUCACGACCCCGUCCAUACAAAUUCCAGUAUGGCAGAUCUCUUGGAGUUAACCCGAGUACGAGAUCUUCCCGUGGGAGUGGUUGCGACGGCCGGAGCAUGCGGCGAACGCGGCGGUGCAUAUAAUUUCCUCUCGUCCGCCGUUCUGACCGCAGAAGCUGGCCUUCUAUUUUCUUCUACGUUCCCGACUGAUUUUUCAAUAGUGGUAACCGCCAAAGCUGCCAGAGGAGCAGGACAAGAAGCAAUUUUUACGGUUUACGGAGAAAGCGGCGAAGAACAAUUAUCAGUGUCAAUUGGAACAGAUAUUUCGCUGUACUACGCGGAUGAAGAACCCGAAGACCCGGAUGACAAUCUGGUAUCUUUUGAUGUCAAUAUUGAUGAUGGACAAUGGCAUCGUAUGGGCUUUAGUCUCAAAGGUGAUUCAGUAACGCUGAUUUUAGACUGCGGAAGACAAAUAACAAGACGUCUGAUACGAAAAAGUAAUGAAGGACUAAAUACAGCCGGUAUUGUUCUGGUUGGACAGGAAUUGGAAGGAGAAGGAUAUUUUACGGGCGAAGUAGAACUUUUGCUGAUAAUAGAUAACCCGGCGGCCGCUUAUGAAGUUUGUACCCGCUACGCAAUGCCUUGUUCGAACGUAGCACUGAAUAGCUACACUUUUACUCAGACGGGUGGCGCGGCUACGAUUAGUGGGGAAUCGAGUGCUUCAUCUCAUUCAAGAGGUUCUUCGUCGAGCAGUUAUGAUAGAUCCAGAGUAUCGGCACAAACGAGUUAUGAAGAGCAAAGAAGAAAAGAAGCCGUUGAAGAAGAAAUGAAAUACAACAGGGGUGGAUUUUCUGUAGUUGAAGGUAGUAGCUCUGGUCAUGGAGUUGUCACUGUGUACAGCUCCACCCCUAGUGGACUUAUCGAAGGGACAUACGGUGGACAACACACAAGUCAGUCUACUUAUAAUCAUAGUAUAGUCCGUCACUAUAAUAGAACAGAAGGUGAAAACAGCGAAGAGACAUCAUAUGAAGAUUAUGAGGAAGGAACAGAUGAUUAUGAUGAAAAUGCCGAAGAGGAAGAUGAGUUGGGAAAUGCAAGCGCAGCCUUCAGAGGUCAAGAUACCCGUCGGCGACGACCUCCAGACAGCAGGGAACGAAAAAGACCACAGCCUCCACGAUCCAGACCCACAGAAAGGCAAUUGGAAGCUGACAGAAGACGAGAAUACGAAAGUACUAGAAGACCACCGUACCAACCCUAUCCGCCCCCAACGCGGACGCCUUAUUACCCAACUCCUUAUCCUGACAGAACGCCUUAUUAUCCAACAUACUAUCCAACUACAACAGAAGCUCCUACUACUCCAGAACCACCAAAACCUACAGAACCUCCAAGAACUCCAGAACCAGAAACUAUAGAAAGUCCACAACCCGAAGAGAAAUUGGAAACGCCACCGGAAAAUUUGGUAACUCCAAGACCACCAGAAAAGCCAGAACACGGAGAAGAAACUGAGAAAACUCCAGAAGUGGAACCUGCUACUGAAACACCGUGGGAACCGGAGAUAGAUGCUUCAGCCUCAGCAGGCAGAGGUUACAGUUAUAAUUAUAAUCCAUUGCGAGGACCCCCAGGCCCCAGAGGAUACACCGGUUUACCAGGAGUACCAGGCCCUCCAGGACCUAAAGGAGAUAAAGGCCGCGAUGGUAUCAGUGGCAUGCAAGGAUUUCCAGGAGCUCCAGGACAUAUAUUUAUGAUUCCGUUAAACCAGCAAGGUAACGAUAAAGGGCCAGGUGGGCAACCAGAUGGGCAAGCUGAAGCAUUCAGACAGAUGUUGUCUCAACAUAUGAUGGCGAUGAGAGGCGUACAAGGACCAAUGGGAUUAACUGGCAUACCAGGUCCAGAAGGUCCACCAGGACCUGCCGGAAUAAAAGGAGAACCUGGAGAUAUUGGAGAAACGGGGCCGAGAGGUCCAAGAGGUCAACUUGGAAAUACUGGCCGGGAAGGUAGAAGAGGUCGACCAGGCCGAGAUGGGGAACGUGGGGCUACAGGUCCUCCAGGAGUUAAAGGAGAACAAGGGCCUAUUGGAAUACCGGGACUGCCUGGUGAUAAGGGCGAAAGAGGUGCACAGGGUGCGCCCGGUGAGCAAGGUCUUCCUGGACAUGAAGGAAUGCAGGGCGAAGAAGGUCCUAUUGGUAUGCCAGGUCUACCAGGAGAACUGGGUCCUCGAGGUUUUGUUGGCCCAAGAGGUUUUCCAGGCUUGCCAGGUAACCCAGGUGUUCCAGGAAGCGAAGGACCUGUAGGAGCCAAAGGCAAUGCCGGACCUCCAGGCCAAGUUGGUGCUCCAGGUCAAACUGGACCCCCGGGGGCCGUAGGACCACCAGGCCCGCAAGGCCUACUAGGACCAACAGGAAUUCCAGGUCCACCGGGAAAGCCGGGUAUGCCAGGUCUUCCUGGAGCGGACGGGUCACCUGGACAUCCAGGUAAUGCCGGGGUACCAGGCAGCAAAGGUGAAAUAGGUCCACAGGGACAUCAGGGCGCACCUGGAUUCCCUGGAGCUCGUGGACCCAAGGGAGAUGAUGGAUUUAGAGGCGCUCCUGGGGAAAAGGGAGAUAAGGGAGAUAGAGGUGCUGAUGGGGAGAAGGGUGAUCUCGGAUUACAAGGUGAAAGAGGUGUGGCUGGUCCGCCCGGUAUGGCUGGAAUUGAGGGUCCUGAAGGUCCUAAGGGAUUCGAUGGUCCUCGAGGGGAAGCUGGUGCAAUCGGACCGGUUGGUGAAAAGGGUAAAAUCGGAAUUCAAGGUUUUGCAGGUUAUCCUGGAGCUCCUGGAGACAAAGGUGACAAAGGAUCAACUGGGAAGAGUGGAAAUCCCGGUGAUAAAGGAGAUAGGGGUAAUCCAGGGGUAGCAGGUGAAAGGGGUGAAAUCGGGCCAAGGGGUUUCCGAGGAUCGCGAGGUAGACGUGGUCAAGAAGGCACUCCUGGACCUAAAGGAGACACUGGUCAACCAGGACCACCUGGUCCUCAAGGAGAUGUUGGGCCACAAGGCGCUGAAGGAUCACGUGGAUUUUCUGGUCCAGUUGGUUCUCCAGGCAGUAAUGGAAAAGAUGGCUUACCAGGCGCCUCUGGUGAAAGAGGGCCACCGGGUGACACAGGAGCGGCAGGACCACCAGGAGCUCCGGGUGUGGUUGGACCACCUGGUCCCAUUGGUGAACCUGGACCUGUCGGUGAACCGGGAGCUCCAGGCCAUCCUGGUUUACCUGGAGAAGCAGGUACACCGGGAGAUGCCGGUAAAGAAGGACCGCCUGGUGCCGCAGGACCGCCAGGAAAAGAGGGACCACCUGGUGGACCUGGUUUACCAGGAUUUCCAGGAGAACGAGGACUCAUUGGGUUAACAGGAAUGCCAGGAUUGAAAGGUGAAACUGGUCCUCCAGGCCCCGCCGGACCUACUGGUGAUAAAGGACAACAAGGAGAACCUGGAAAAGAAGGUCCUAUAGGUCCGGAAGGAAGAAAGGGUCCACAAGGAUCGCCUGGUAGUCAUGGUGUUAAAGGCGAAAGAGGCGAAUCAGGACCUCCAGGCCCAAUUGGCAGAGACGGCUUGCCUGGAUUACGUGGUUUGCCAGGUCCACCUGGUCCAGUCGGUGCACCAGGUGAAGAUGGUGACAAAGGCGAUGUUGGACCGCCCGGAGAAAAAGGUUUUAAAGGUGUGCGAGGGGAGGAGGGACCAGCCGGGUCGCCAGGCCCGCAAGGUUUACGAGGAGAACCCGGACCAAUAGGACCACAAGGAGAAAGAGGAUCACCAGGUGAAAUGGGUCGACAAGGAAAUAAAGGAGCUGAUGGACCAGCUGGAGCAACUGGACCAGCAGGUCCUGCAGGACCGCAAGGUUUACCAGGACCAGCUGGUAGCAAAGGAGAGAUUGGUGACGUCGGACCAAAAGGUCCUGUGGGACCUACUGGUAGCCCGGGAGACCAUGGAAGAAGAGGUAGUAAAGGAACUGAAGGGCCGCCAGGACCAACAGGACCUGAAGGACCACAAGGUUUGCGUGGAGAACCAGGAGCACCAGGACCACCUGGCCCUAUUGGACCAGAUGGUAAAGAGGGUGAGCGCGGAGCACCAGGUCCAAAGGGAGAUGAAGGCAAACAAGGUUCUCCAGGCCCACGUGGUGGCCGAGGAUCUAUUGGUCCAGAGGGUCCAAAAGGAUCGGCAGGUCCUCCAGGUUUUCCUGGCAACACAGGUGAACCAGGAUUACAAGGCCCAAAAGGUGACGCUGGGAAGGACGGCACUGAUGGAACACCUGGACAGCCUGGACCUCCAGGUGAUACCGGACCAAUCGGAAAACAAGGAGAACCCGGACUUCCUGGAAAGCCAGGUCCUGAAGGGCCAGCGGGCUUGCAGGGUAGUACUGGACCCACAGGAGAAAAGGGAGACAGAGGUUUAAAUGGUCCACCAGGUGAACCAGGUUUACCUGGACCAGAUGGUAUUCCCGGCCCACCAGGUUUACCUGGAAUGCGAGGGUCGCCUGGACCAGCGGGAGAUGUUGGACCUCCUGGUAAAUCAGGAGAAGUUGGUCAACCAGGAAAAGCUGGCGAAACGGGAGCACCAGGUCCAAAAGGUGAACGAGGUAGACGUGGACCAAAAGGUCACCGCGGAGAACUAGGUGGAUUAGGAGCCAAAGGAGAUCAAGGUGAAAAAGGUGAUCGAGGAGUAAAAGGACCACCAGGCCCAGAAGGGAAGAAAGGAGAUACGGGUCCAGUAGGGCCUAUAGGAGUAAAAGGCAGCGAUGGACUUCAAGGACCACCCGGGCCAGAAGGUCCGCCCGGUCCAAAAGGUUCUGAAGGUGUCGGUGGUACAAAAGGUGAGCCAGGCCCUGCGGGUCAACCUGGCCCACCAGGCCCUCCAGCCGAAAUGCCAUUGCUACCUCCAGAACUUUUAUUCCAGAGAGAAGAAUUAAUAAAUAUGCAUAAUGCUCACAGAUUGCAAAAGAGAGAUAUGUAAUUGAAAGAAGACAUGGAAUCUGAUACUACAACUACUGAAUCAGAUUCGGAAACAAAAUCGAAGCAAAAAGCUAAAAGAAAAGAAGAUAUUGGCCCGAAAUUUUUAGACAUGUAUAGUUCUAUAUAUGCAAUGAGGCAAGAGCUCGACAGAAUAAGAAAACCAUUGGGUACCAAAGAAAAUCCAGUUAGAACAUGUAAAGAUUUAUACUAUGGGCAUCCACAAUUCAAGGACGGUUGGUAUUGGAUAGAUCCAAAUCUAGGUAUGGGAGACGAUGCAAUCCACGUAUUUUGCAAUAUGACUGGUGAGGGAGAAACUUGUGUGUAUCCAGAUGUUCACAGCUCCCAUAUGCCAAAUAUUCCAUGGCGAAAGGAAAAUGAAAAAGACGAUUGGUAUUCAAAUCUACGCGGUGGAUUCAGAAUAACAUAUGAAACAAUCGGUGUAGUCCAGAUGACAUUCCUAAGAUUGCUUUCCCAAGAUGUUUAUCAGAAUUUUACAUACACAUGUAUCAAUAGUGCUGCAUGGUAUAAUACCAAAACUUAUAGUUAUGACAGUGCUCUAAAACUACUAGGAGAAAAUGAAGUUGAAAUAAGCUAUGAAAGCAAUGUUCUGAGACCUAAUGUCCUAAUUGAUGGAUGCAAGACUGGCAAGAGCAAAAGUGAGACCGUGUUCGAAGUGAGAACAAAAAAACUGAACUUUUUGCCAAUAAUAGAUUUCUAUCCAACUGAUUAUGGUUUGCCUCAACAAGCUUUUGGUUUUCAAGUGGGACCAGUUUGCUUUAAAUAG